GGGAAUCAUGCCUCUUCCUCCUUCAACCUUGCUUCCACUCCAUCUCCGAGUGCAAUUCCUGUCGUUGACGCUUCGUUUUCGACCAGCUCGCACCCGAUAAACCCCAUUCACGCCUCGUCUCGCCUCCGGCGGGUAGAAAUAUUCUCUCUUAACUUUGCACCUUUUCGCCCUGCACACCCUUACACUUGCACCAACCUUACACCCUCCUCUGCCAAGUCACCACCUCCGGGCAUGCCUUCAUACGCGAUCCGCCUCAUCUCAUUGCUGCGCAACUGAUUUCUAGUUGGGUGUCAUGGCACAACAAAAUGACUCCAAAGCUUCUGACCCAGACGCUCCGUCCGGGUCUGAUUCGAUGAAUAGUCAGUCAGCUUCAGACGCCAUGGGAAAGGAUGCUGGCGGCGAUUCGGCCUCGCCUUACGGGACUCGCUCUCGGAAUAGGAACGGCUCCUCGCGUCCCAACUAUGCCGAGGACAAGGACAUUGAUGCAGACGUGUAUGACUACUACCAGGACAAGAAGGAUGGCGACUCCAAAAAGUCGUCGCGCCAGGCCAGCGCUGCAGCAAAUGGCGAUGCGACUCCCCGGGGCGGCGCCAUUUCACGUAAGGCUGGCACGGACGACACUCGAGGAGUGCAGUCGCAAAACGGUCCCAAGGACCAGAACUCGAGCGGCUCGAAUGCUGCGACCCCGACGGCGCAGACUCCCACCGUCUCGCAGCCAUCGCGGAAGCGCAAGGCCGCAGCUCAGUCCGCAGGUUCCACUGGCCAAGUGGCCUCCGCCAGCACCUCGUCGAAGAAGGCUGGGACUACUGCGGCGGCGGCAGCGGCGGCGGCAGCGGCAUCUUCAACGGGCAUUUCAUGGCCUGAAACUAACAUGUUGACGUUCGAGAAUUGCAAAGCUCGCCCGGACAGACGCCGGAUGGUAGCCGACGAUGGCACGGUGCUGGAACCAAAUGAUCAUGUGUACCUCGUUUGUGAGCCCCCGGGUGAGCCUUACUACCUGGGGCGCAUCAUGGAAUUUCUCCACGCGCAAAACGACACCUCCAAGCCCGUGGACGCCAUCAGAAUCAACUGGUAUUACCGUCCCAAGGACAUUGGGCGAAAGGCGCCAGACACGCGCAUGGUCUUUGCGACGAUGCACUCGGACAUUAGCCCGCUUACAGCGUUGCGUGGCAAGUGUCAAAUCCGACACAAGGCUGAGGUCGCUAACAUGGACGAAUAUCGCAAGACGCCCGACAGUUUCUGGUACGAGAAGUUGUAUGACCGGUACAUUCAGAAAAACUACGACCUUAUCCCCACGACGACUAUUGUCAACGUGCCCGCCAAUGUCAAGAAGGUGCUGGAUGAGCGCUGGAAGUACGUGCUAGUUGAGCAGGGGCGUGGCAAGGAGCUCACUAGCGCCGUUAAGCUCUGCAAGAGAUGCACCGGCUAUUGCGCCAGCAACGACUCGGUUGAUUGCGCAGUAUGUCAGCACACUUAUCAUAUGAACUGCGUCAAACCGCCGCUGUUGAAAAAGCCGUCUCGUGGAUUUGCUUGGUCAUGUGCCGCGUGCAGCCGAGCCCAGGAGCGGAAAUUGGAGGCUCGCAACACGCCCAACAUUACUGACCCGAAUGGCGACGGCGAUGAUGAUGACAUGCUGGAUGAAGAGGACGAGGAUAUGCAUUGCGCCGGCACUGGUCGCACCAGCCCCUCUGAUGAUAAUCCACACCAUGAAGGCACCGCCGAGCAGGUUUACCAGGCGAGUUUAUGGCCCUACCGGUACCUAGGCAUGCAUUGCAAACCCAUCGACGCCCUUGACUACGACGACCGCAUUUACCCUCGCGCGAGCACCCGUAUCGGACCGAGGAACCAGGCGAAUGUGGGAGCUUGGCCGGGCCAAACGGUCGAGUAUGUCAAACCUCCGGAAACUAAGAAGAACGGCAAGAAGCAAACAACAUUGUCCAAGGAGUCCCAGGCAGCCCUUGAGGCCCACAAAGCCCAACGCGGGAAACGGCCGAAAUGGGUACAGGACAUGCCCCCGGGAUACACUGCACGAGGCGAAGACCACGAUGAGGAUGACCCCAACUGCACCGCAACUCGUAUCUGGAUCCCACCCACCAAGGACGCCAUCUCGGAAAAGGAAAUGAACGAUUACAUGGAGAAGGCGAAAAAAAUGGCCAAAGACUUUGCGUUGCCCGAGCGCUCAACCAAUCUUCAAGACGUUGCCAUUGAUACCUUGUACCACCACGAGUAUAGCGCCAAAAGCGCUCUUGGUGCUCUGCCUGAGACGGAGAAGGCAGUCUUCAAGGAACCCGAGCUAACACCCGCGGAGCUGAAGAAAUUCGAAGAAGGUGUCAUGAAGUAUGGCUCGGAACUGCAUCUUGUCAUGAAGCAUGUGAAAAGCCUGUCUCCUGGCACAAUCACUCGCUUUUAUUACACCUGGAAGAAAACGGAGCGUGGCCGACAGAUCUGGGCCAACUACCCUGGCCGCAAGGGAAAGAAGGAAGCAAAGCGAGCAGAGUCGGCUGCUAGCAAAUUCGCCGACGAUGUUGCUGACAACGACGACGAUUCUGCGUUCGAUACCGGGAAAGCUGCGGAAAAGAAGCGAGGAUUCAUGUGCCAGUUCUGCUCUACGACUAGCUCACGACAGUGGCGAAGAGCGCCAAACGCAACGCAGGGCCCAGUCACGGAGACUGGCGCUAAGGCUUCAAACAAGGACAAGGGCAGCCAGUACGUUGUCGCUCUCUGUCGUCGAUGUGCCGAGCUCUGGCGCCGGUAUGCCAUCCGGUGGGAAGAUAUGGAAGAGGUGGCCAAGAAGGUUGCCCAGGCUGGCGGAAGGGCCUGGAAGCGGAAGCAGGAUGAAGAGCUUCUCAAGGAAUUGCAGGCUGCGCAGGAAAUGGGUAUGAUGACGCCAGAACGAGCACCGACCCCGUCGAAUGGACCUACACCAAGCAAUGGACAAGAGCCGCCCCGAAAGAAACUCAAGGGCGCGCCGCCAGAGAAGGAGAAGGAAAAGGAGAAGGAGGCGGACCUCACCCAAUCCGAUGCAGGGAGUGCAGUGGGCUCUGGCGUAUCUAAGAAGAAGGAAAAGACGGUGGAAACAGUUACGGCGCCAGAACUGCCCAAGGCUCGUGUCCUUCCUUGUUCCAUCUGCGACCAAAUGGAGCCCCAGGGAGACCAACAUCUAUCCUGCCGGGAAUGCCGCCUCACAGUGCAUCGAAGUUGCUACGGCGUGUUGGACAAUCGCAAUCCUGAUAAAUGGGUUUGUGAUAUGUGUGCCAACGACAAGAGUCCCCAGGUUUCAAUUCAAUACAAAUGUGUUCUUUGUCCCAUUGAACACACGGAACAUGACUUUGUGGAACAGCCGAAGCUCACACAUCACAAGAAGAAGAUGUCCGAGAAGGAUCGCGAAAGGGAGAGGGUUGAGGUUCAGAAAGCUCGAAAGGCCGCCGAAUAUUACCGCAAGAGGCAGGAGGAUCUCAACCGACCUGUCAACCCUCGCGAGCCACUGAAGAGGACGGCAGACAACAAUUGGGUUCAUGUAACCUGUGCUGUCUGGACCCCUGAGGUGAAAUUUGGCAAUGCUAAGGCGCUUGAGCCGUCAGAAGGUAUUCCUUCAAUCCCGAGGUCGAGAUACGACGAGACCUGUCAGGCUUGCAACAAGAAGGAUGGCGCAUGCGUCUCAUGUCACCAAUGCCGGAUACCUCUUCACGUCGAAUGUGCACGCCAACAAGGUCACGUUCUUGGUUUCGACAUCGCGCCGGUAAAGGGCUCGCGUCGGGACCAAUUCAACAUUGUGACCAUCAACGGAGAUAGUGGUACGAUGUCGGCAGCGGUUUGGUGCAAGGAUCAUGUCCCUAGUAAAACCACGGUUUAUCGCAUGCACGAUGUGGCGACCGAAUCGGGGCUGAACGCUCUGCAGCUCUAUGUGCAGAAUUUCAAACAGGCAGACCUCACACUCACGGGCACAGUACGCAAGGCGAACCUGAUGACAACGGCAGCGAAGAUGACGGGUACGCCGACGCAACCCGGCAUGCGACGAUCUUCGACGACGACGAUGCCGGCGAGCGGCGUAUGGAACCAGCAGCGGCAGGUUGAGUCGGGAGACGCCGCCUCGGAUGCACGCCAACCAGGGGAGAAGGUCUGCAUCACCUGCGGUAUUGAUGUCAGUCCAAAGUGGUGGCCCAUCGACAACUCGCAAGAACGCGAGCUCACAAACGGACACUAUGGCGCACUCGGAAGUGAGGCGCAGAAGUUUGUUGAACAACGAAGAUUUCAGUGCCACAAGUGUCGCAAGGCAAAUCGCACCACCAAACCGCACCCGCCGCGACCCUCGCCCCCCGUCGUCGAAGUGCCUCGACCACCUCCCCGCGAGCCCAGCUUGCCAGCCGCGGUGCCGCCGCUUCGAAGCCCACCACCCCCUAUCUCCAACCACCGCGAACCGCAUCCUGCUAGCUACGCAUGGCCACCGCAUGUCCCGCCUCACUCGGCCCCGCCUCACUCCGGCCCCCCUCCAAUUCAGGCGCCAGCUCAUGCUCCGGAUCAUGGUGUUGGCCCCAGAUCGGCGCCAGCUUCUCAUGCUUACCCACCUCCACCUCCGCCUCCACCUCGAGGCCCCUAUAAUGACUGGGGAGCGCGACCCGGAAGUCAGCACGGGUCUCCUCCUAGGCAUCUGAACGGAGGACCGCCGCCUCUUCACAAUCCACCACCGCCGAUUACGAAUCUUUCUUCCCUCCGACCUCCACCAUUAUCCGGACCCCCACCUCCGGCUCCAUUACCCGUGGGCCAUCAAGCUGGUCAUGGCCCACAGCCUUAUGCAAAUGGACUACCCCUAUCUCCUCGACGGGCGAACGGACCGGCUCCUCCACCACGAUAUGUCCAUCCAUAUCAUGGACACGCACACCACCACCCGCCCUCGCACUUGCCACCUCCUAGUAUAAGUAAUGGGGGGCCACCCCCGAGGAAUGAUGCAUUUGCCCAAGGUUUGCACCCGCAAAGGACGGCUUUCUCAGCUUCCCAUACCAGUCCUCCGGGCUCACGAAAUGGGUUGCCACCGGCACACGAGGCACCACGGCCACCGGAGAGUCGGCCGGCCAGUGGGGCUAGUGCUAGUCCCUCUCUGAGAAACCUGCUCUCUUGAGGAAAUGCCGAUGUUUGUUGAAGUUGGGAGUGGAAAGUGGUGAAUUGCAAUUGAUGAGUGGAUAGGGUGUGUGUUGGGCAGCCAAGGCUCGGACAGACUCAAAGAAACGCGCAUUUCUAUAGAGGAACACACAUAAAUUAACACUGAGAG